AUGCUGUCCUUGCCCAUGAAGCAGCCAAGGAAACCAUCAGAGAGGACAUCAGCUAGAGUCCAGGGUGCCAAUGCUGCUGAACACCGUGACGAGGAGCUGGAGUUGAAGGAGGACACAUUCAGUCCCUCCAAGGGCAACGUUGCCUUUGGCAGUGCCAUUGAUGGUUGGGCCUUCCGUACAGACCAAUUUGCUGAGAUGUAUGCCUCCAAGCUGGGUGCCAGUGCUGUCUCGCUGCGCCGGGCCCUGUGGGGCGAUUAUUACUUCCAGUCCAAGACAAAAUCAGUUGUGAGGCGGAAGGCAGUGGCGGGGAGGCUACAGCCGAUGUUCGUUCAGUUCAUUCUGGAGCCCCUCUGGAAUGCCUACAGUGUGUGUGACCCAGGCACGGAUGUUCUUGGGUUGCUAUCGAAGAUAAUAAAGGCCCGAAGACUGUCAACAGUGGAUGAACGGCAAGUGAAGUCGCCGGACCCAAGACAAGCACUGCGGGCUGUGUUACGUGCAUGGCUUCCUAUCUCAGAGGCUGUCCUAGGGAUGGUAGUUCAACACAUGCCAAGUCCACUGUCUUCAGCAAGACUGCGAAUACCUCACUUGCUCUCUAGCGGCUCCUCCACUCUUCCCUUGUGUGAAGGCCUCCCCAAAGGGGUGUCCAGGAAGAUGGAGGCGGUGACGGGGGCCCUCAUGGCAUCGAGCGCUGAUGUCGAUGCACCCCUGGUGGUCUAUGUUUCCAAAAUGGUUGCCACACCCAUCGACCAGCUGCCAAGGUCACCUGGAGACUGCACGCCUGUGAGUGAGAAUGGUGUGGUGUUCCUGGCAUUUGGUCGAGUGUUCAGCGGGGUUGCCAGGUCUGGAGCAAGGGUGCAUGUGCUGACAGCGAACUACAAACCGACGAGUCCAGGAAAAAAUAGGCAGACUGUGGUCCUUGGGGACCUUUACCUGAUGAUGGGCAGGUGCUUGGAGAGACUGCAGGCUGUGCCGGCUGGCAAUGUGCUGGCGAUCGCUGGCCUGGAGCAUGCGAUCGUCAGGUCGGCCACAGUCACCAGCACCCCAGCUUGUCAGCCCCUCGUCCCAAUGACAUUCCAGGCUUCUCCCAUCGUCCGGGUCGCUGUGGAGCCCGUGCUGCCUCCGCAGAUGCACCAGCUAGCUGCAGGGCUCGCCUUGUUGUCGAAGGCAGACCCGAGUGUGGAAGUGCAGGUCCUGGACAGUGGGGAGUUCAUUCUGGGCUCUCCUGGGGAGGUGCACCUCGACACAUGCCUCAAGGAGUUGAGGGAGCGGUUUGCAAAAAUUGAACUUGAGGUUUCACCACCCCUUGUAGCUUUUCGUGAGAGCAUCUUUGAUGCAAGCGAGGUGCCAGAGGAGGCUGCAAGUCAGUUUGUCAGAAUCAUCGAUGCAAAGACGCCCACGGGCACGUGCGAGAUAAGGGUUCGUGCACACCCCAUUCCCAGCCGCAUUGCAUCCCUGUUGGAAGAAAUGUCUGAAGUGCUUCGGGCCAUUCUUGUGUCUGACAAGAAUGUGGACGUGGCCGAAAGGGAGAAGGCGAUGGAUGUGCUGCAUGAGGCAAUGAAAGAUGUGCCCAAGGCCUUUCAGAGUCUCAUGAAGAGGGCGUGGUUGCUGGGGCCCAGGCGCGUGGGCCCGAACCUGCUGCUCUGUCACAGCACAGCUGGGCCCAGUCUGUUCGACGCACCCCCCUCACAGGUGGCCCACCUGGACAAGAGCCAGAAGGGGGGGCCCCAACCCAGCAAGCCAAGCAGGCCACUCGCCGAGUCCGUUAGGGCUUCUGAGGGCAGCAGAAAAGUCCUUCAAGGCAAGAAUGAAUCCGAAGAUGGGGAUGUGGUAGAUGACGAUGCAAAGAGCGCAAGAAGCAUUGAAUCCACCCAGGUAUCAAAAGUGGCAAUCAACAUUCCUUUUGACGUCCCGGACGCUGCGAUUCGUUUGGGUUUCACCAAAGCCACCUGUGACAACUCAUCAGCGACGGAGGAACAGCUGCCCACGAUUUCUCAGAGUGUCAGGUCCAGUGUGGAGUCAGGCAUCGUCGGCGGCUUCCUACUGGCUUCUGCAGCGGGCCCGCUGUGCGAUGAGCCCAUGUGGGGCGUCGCCUUGGAGAUUGAGGCGAGGAUAUUGGCACCCAGUCAAGAGGAAGGCCCUGGGGAGCUGGAUGUUGGGGAGGAAGUGUAUGGCCCGCUGUCUGGCCAGGUCAUAAACAUCGUGAACAUGGCGUGCCGAAGGGCCGUGGUGGAGGCCGGCCCGCGCCUGGUGGAGGCCAUGUACCUGUGCGAGGUGCAGGUCACGGGCUCAGAACCCCUAGCAAAGGUGUAUGCUGUGUUGUCGCGCCGGAGGGGCACAAUCCUGCGGGACGAGCUCCGAGGCGGAUCGGACGUCUUCAUUGUUCAUGCGUACCUUCCGGCAGAGGCCUCUUUCGGCUUUGUGGACGAGCUGAGGAAGAAGUCUAGAGGCGGCGCCACCGCCAGCAUGAUGUUCAGCCACUGGGAGCGGCUUCAGGCCGACCCGUUCUUCUUUCCGACUACUGAAGAGGAGAGGGAGGAAUUUGGAGAGGACGGACUGCCGCUGCCCAACUUGGCUCGCAGGCUCAUCGACGCCGUCCGAAGGAGGAAGGGGCUACAGGUGGAGCAGAAAGUGGUGGAGAAGGCGACGAAGCAGAGAACUCUCGCAAAGAAAGUGUGA